AUGACCUCCUCCGACCCCCACGACGCCAACUACCCCGUCUUCCGAGAAUGUCUGUCCAGCGCCAUCGUCGAGAAGUCCGACACGCACCGACCGGCCAAGACGAAACGAAAGGCGCAUAAGCCCGGUCCCCGACGCAAUGGAAAGGUGAAGAAAGACGACGUCCGCGCUGCGCCAGAGCCUACAGAAUCCGAGUCCAGUGCCCUACGAGGCGAUCCUGAGGAAUUGGCGGACUUCAUCGAUUUUCUCGCCUCCGAAAUCUUCACCUCCUUCCCUCCUGACCUCCAAACCCUCGACUACACCAGCAUCCAACACUCCGCCGCCCUUCGAGACCGAUACACCUCCAACCCACUUCCCCCGGCCACCCUUGACGCCAUCCUCACGACGCUCCCGCCCUCCGUGCCGGACACCUUGACCGUGUACGGGCUCCUCCCCGCACCGGGAGACGCCAGCGACGUCUCCGAUUUCCUAGGGCGCGUGGUCACGGAGUACGCGGGGGCGGUGACGCGGGCGCCGCCGGUGUGGGCGACGACGCGGACGGAGGGGUGCGAGAUCUGCGAGCGGGACUGGAUCCCGCUAUCGUACCACCACCUCAUCCCGCGCGGGGUGCACGAGAAGGUGCGCAAGAAGGGGUGGCACGAGGAGUGGAUGCUGAACAGCGUGGCGUGGCUGUGUCGCGCGUGCCACAGCUUCGUGCAUCGGAUGGCGAGCAACGAGGAGUUGGCGCGGGAGUGGUUUACGGUCGACAGGAUCCUGGAACGGGAGGACGUCAGGGAUUGGGCGAAGUGGGUGAGUCGAGUGAGGUGGAAGGCGCGAUGA